UUUCUCUCUCUCUUUUUUCUCUCUCUCUUUUUUUCCUUUCUUUAUGGGAUUUUUUACUCCCAACAGAUUCGGUAGUGUUAGAGCUGACUGCACUUCAAACCAUCAUGAUAUCAACAAGCUAUUGAUCUAUUUAGACCAAGACAAAAGCUUUCAAAGAGAAACAAUCGUUCAAGAGACUAAAGUUGCUACAAAGUUUCGAAGUAAAAAACCUUUACAGAUUCAUGAUACUCUGACAAGAGAAUUCAUUCAGCAAAACACAACAGCUCCUCACGCGCAUUGGGCUACUGAAUUCAAUCAUCCUUUAGCUAGACACUGGACAAGCGAAUUUCUACAGUCAUCAGAAAAAGAACAAUGGGCUUUUGAGCGUGCUUUUAGGACCAUGGAUCAUGCUUCUGCAUCUUAUGCGACAGAUUGGGAUAUCGCAUUCAGAGCGCUUGAAUCAAACGCUAUGGAUACACGUUGGCAACAGGAAUUUGAUGCUCAAGUGUCAGCACCAGUAGUGUAUCAGCACCAUCCCGACCUACAUCAUUCUCUCAGCACACGACCUCAUGCCAUGACAACAUAUCCACACAGUAUAUCUCUAGACACCAAAAAACAUGAAGAAGCAAGAAAAUGGGAGGCAUUAGGACGCCAACAGCAAGAAGACGAACAAGAUCAGGCAGCCAUUACAACCUUAGAAAAAGCAGUAUCAAUCGAUCCUUAUCACUGCUUAAGUGCUUGGUUGGCUUUAUCCAUCAGUUAUACAAACGAGCAUCGUUGUUUAGAAACCUAUCGAUGUCUUGAAGCAUGGAUGGCUCAUCAUCCUCGAUACAAGCAUAUGAUACAAGCCAAAGACAUGAAUGAAAAAGCGCUUCAUGCUUAUAUAACGCGCUUGUUUUUAGAAGCAGCACGCAUUUCGCCCGGUAGCGACAUGGAUCCUGAUGUACAGAUAGGUUUGGGCGUGUUAUUUCAUAUCGCUCAAGAAUAUGACAAAGCGAUAGAUUGCUUUCAAUCUGCCCUUGUAUUAAGGCCCUUUGAUCAUGCAUUGUGGAAUACAUUAGGCGCUACUCUGGCAAAUGGGCGAGACUAUAAGCCUGCCAUUGAGAUGUAUCAACGUGCGCUUGAUAUCAAUCCACAUUAUAUACGUGCAAGAUACAAUUUAGCCACCAGUUAUAUGCAUCAUGGACAGUACGAUUUGGCAGCACAUCAUUAUCUCAUGGCUUUAGAAACACAACACAACAAUCACGAAAAGAGUCAUUCAAUUUGGGAUAGUUUGAGGCUAUUGAUGUACAUGUAAGUCACUCAUUUGAACAGCAUAGAUAUUAAGUACACAAAAGAAUGGAUCGACAGGACCUUGCUUCUGAGUGUAACCAUCAAAACCUACAAGCAUUCAAAGGACUGUUUAAAUAAAGACAACUCCGAGACUACGUUGAUUUUUUUUUUCUUUUUUUCUUCUUUAUUAUUCAUGCAGUCUUUACCUAUAAAAAAAACCAUGCAAGACUCAGAGAAUCGAGUAAGUUUG